GCUCGAGGUUUCGAGGUUGCUUGUUGGUGGGGUGGGGUGGGUCACGACGAGGAUGAGCUGCAACGGUUGCCGCGUGCUGCGGAAGGGGUGCAGCGAGGGGUGCGUGCUGCGGCCGUGCCUGCAGUGGAUCGACGGCGCCGAGGCGCAGGGCCACGCCACCGUGUUCGUCGCCAAGUUCUUCGGCCGCGCCGGCCUCAUGUCCUUCCUCACCGCCGUCCCCGAGCCGCAGCGCGCAGCUGUGUUCCAGUCGCUGCUGUACGAGGCGGCGGGGAGGACGAUCAACCCGGUGGGCGGCGCGGUGGGGCUGCUCUCGGCGGGGAGCUGGCACCUCUGCCAGUCGGCGGUCGAGACCGUGCUGCGCGGCGGCGGCAUCCACCCGCUGCCGGACCAGCUCGGCCUCGGCUACCCCGCGGGAGACGUCGCCGUCGCCUCGGCGCGGCGCGCCGCUGGGUGCUCCACGUUCUCGACGGCGAAGCGGUCGACGACGACGCAGAACCCCGGUGGUGCGCACGACGCCGCGGCGGCGGCGCCCCAGCCGGAGCCGUCGUGCGACCUCGGCCUGUGGCUCAGCCCCGGCUCCCCGCCGGCGCCCGGAGAACGCCGAGCCGGCACGCCGUCGAUGAACUCCGAGGGAUCCGUCACGACGUGCGGCGGCGGCGCCGGCGAGAGGGAGCCCGAGCUGCUGAACCUUUUCGUCUAGGCCACUAGGAGCUCUCCAGCUAGCUAACCUGCUCAAUUCCCAUAUGCUUCCAUUUGCUCGCUCGACGUCGUAAACGUCUGUGCUGCAUCCCGGCGAGCUCUUUCCCAGCCUCUCGCCGGCGAGGUAUCCCUACCCCCUAGCCAAUUUUUUUGGCCGUGUAAAAGCCGCCUACAACUUGACCAUUACCUUUUGUCCCCUUUCUCCCUCUUCUCUGCUAUUUUAGCAUCAAAACGAUCGUCGAAUAAAACCGAACUUGAUCGAUCUUAUCCGCAGCUUAAUUAUCAAAAGCGUAGCUUCAUCCGCAUGG